AUGACAGGCGGGAGUCGGAGUCAAAAAGAUUAUGACUUCGAAUACGAGGGUAGCCUCGGAAAGGACCAAACUCCAUCAAAUUCUGAAGCGCAUGGAUCUCACGAUCGCCUCAUUCCAACGUCUUCCGAGCCGCUGGCCGGCACAGUCUUCGACACUCCCACUUCCGUUGCAGAUCUAUCCGCCACCGAGCAAUAUCUCAUCUAUUCCCUUCGUCAAUUGAACUUGGGAGGUUGGGCUAGCGGGGAUAAAUCUGUCUUGCCGCUGAAUAAAACCGAGCAAGAGAUCAUAGACCUUGCCUUUGCGAUGUCAGCAACGGAUCAAAUGACCGAUUUUGAGCGCUGUAUUAUCUCCAAAGUGCGUACUUGGAAUAACACUGGCAUUCCUCCCUUAUCUCUUGCCACGUAUGCGCAACGGACCUUCAUCGAUACUAUUCGUGACUGGCGCCGUUCCCAGAAGCCUGAAUCGUUCAUCAAGCGUUUGUUCCGCAAGUGA